AUGGGUAAGAAGAAUACUAAAGGUGGUAAGAAAGGUAGAAGAGGUAAGAAUGACUCUGAUGGUCCAAAGCGUGAGUUGAUCUACAAGGAAGAAGGUCAAGAGUAUGCUCAAAUUACCAAGAUGUUGGGUAACGGUAGAGUGGAGGCCAGUUGUUUUGACGAUGUCAAGAGAAUGGCUCACAUCAGAGGUAAGUUGAGAAAGAGAGUGUGGAUGUCCCAAGGUGAUAUUAUCUUAGUUUCUCUAAGAGAUUUCCAAGAUGACCAAUGUGAUGUGGUGCAUAAGUACAACACAGAUGAAGCCAGAACUUUGAAGAGUCAAGGUGAGUUGCCAGAGAAUGCCAAGAUCAACGAAACUGACAACUUCGGUUUCGAAUCCGACGACGAAGUCAACUUCGAGUUCGGUAACGCGGAUUCUGAUGAAGAUGAAGAUGAUGAAGAAGCUGGUGAUUUCGAUAUCGAUGACAUUUAA